AUGCCUACAAAAGAGGAAUUACGCGGCUUAGAUGAUAAAGAUCUUGAGAAAAUUGUCAUCGAACAUCAUAAAAAACGUAUUGGCAAGUUAAUCAAACAAAUCAAACGCGAAAGAGAAAACGUUAUUAACAAUUCAUCACGUCCACAAGCUGAAACAAGACGAGAAAUUGAAGAAAAACCGAGAAAUGCAGUCGAUAUGGAUAAAUUACUCAUCGAAAAAAUGAAAAAACGUCAACAAAGAGAAGUCGAACAAAUGCUAGCUACAUUACUUGCAGUAGAUGCAAUGCAACGCGAUGCCGAAUACAGAGCUCAAAUGGAAGAAGAAAGAAGACAACAAAUCGAAGCUGAGCGUAGAAGGAAGGCAGAAGAACAACAUAAACGACACUUACAACGUAUACAAGAGAUGGAAAUGGAAGAGAAACGGAAAUUGGCCGAAGAAGCCGAAUUCCGUCGACAACAAUUUGAAAAAGAAAAACAAGCUCUUCAAAGACAGAAAGAAUUACAUGAAAAGAAGCUUAAAGAGAUGGCUCUUGCCGAAAAGAAGCGCCAAGAGCGAGCAGAACAGAACAGACAAUAUAUACAACAAAUAGAAGAAGAAAGACAAAGAAAAAUCGAAGAACAGCAGAGAAAAAUAGAAAAAAGCGAAUUAAAGAGAUUGGAAACACUCAGAAAAGAACAAGAAAGACUUCAAAAGGAACACGAAGCGCAAUUACUCAAAAGAACACAACAAAUCGAAGCUGCAAAACAAAAUGAAAUCAGAUUAUUGGAGCAGAAGAGAAAAGAAGCGGAAGAAAGAGAAAAGAAGAGAGAUGAACAACAUAAAGAAUAUCUAAAGCGAAAAGAAAAAGAGAACCAAGCUUACAAAUUAAUGCUUGAGCAGAAAAUCAGAAGAAAUGCUGAAACAAGAAUCAAAAUUGCUGAAGAAGAAACAAGAAGAAAAGUUGCUUCAGCAACAACUGAUGAAGAAAUCAACCAGAGAAUUAAACAGAUGUUGGAAUAUAGAGAAAAAAGAGCUGAAGACGCAAGACUUGGCAGAUCUGACGCAGCAAUUGCAAGUCAAAAGAAACAAGAAAGAAUUAAGAAACAACAUGAUCAAAUGAUGAAAACAUUAAAGGAACAACACGAAUCACGUGAAGAACAUUACACACAAGUGAUGCGUGACAAAGAAAAAGACAGACAGAAGUCAAUAAUUAUUAGGAAACUGAAAGAAGAAGAAAAAGUUGAAACUGCAAAAAGACUGGAAAGACAGAGACAGAAAAGAAUGGAUGAACUCAAAAACAAGUUUGAACAGAAUAUGGCCCACGUGGAAAAGAUUCAGGAGGAAAGAAGGAGCGUACAUGCAGAGAGAAUGAACCUUCUGUCGCAAUUGGAUAAGCAGAAACAGGACAUGCAAUCAAACUUUAACUCUCUGAGAGUUUCAGGAAGAACCGACAUGAGACAAAUUAAAAAACUCGCGGAUUUGUAUGAUAUUGACUUGAAUGUUAUUGAAAUGAAGGCAGAAUCGAGAUAUCCUUCUCGUGCAAGAACUGCCCUUUCAUCUGCUAGAAGAUCUCAAUCAGUAAAUUCGAGAAGAUCUAUGUUUUAG